AUGCCUCUGUUUGAGCUUUUAAGGCUCACCAAAGCUAAUCUUGAAUCUGCUCAAGACAAGAACCUUUCUCCACCUGUUGAGGAAGUUGUGGAGCUGGUAUGGGAAAAUGGUCAGAUUUCAACUCAAAGCCAGUCAAGUAGAUCGAGGAACAUUCCUCCACCACAAGGUAUUCAUCAAGCAAAUUCUUCAAGGGUUAGGGAGAUCGGAAACGGCCCGAAAACAACGAUGGUGGAUGAGAUCCCUAUGUCAGUGCCGUCUUUAAUGACGGGUAUGAGUCAAGACGAUGACUUGGUUCCAUGGUUGAAUCAUCAUCGAUCCCUUGAUGGAUAUUGCUCUGAUUUCUUACAAGAUGUGUCUCCUGUUACUGUCAACGAGCAAGAGAGCGAUAUAGCGGUAAAUCAAACUGUUUUCCCUUUGUUUCAGAGACGAAACAGUGGCAACAAAUCAGCUACUGCUGCUUCUUCAUCGCAGUAUAACGGUUUCCAAUCACAUUCUCUUUAUGGAAGUGAUAGAGCUAGAGAUCCUGCUAGCCAACAAGCCAAACAGGAUAGGUUUACUCACACGCAGGAACCGUUAGUUGCUACUAACAAGCCUGGUUUGAUAAACUUUUCGCAUUUCUUACGCCCUGCAACUUUGGCUAUGCCGAAUAACCCUCAAAGCGCUAAUGAGAAGAGUCCUCGAAGCUCGCCUAAGGUGUUUCAGACCAGAGUUCUUGGUGCUAAAGACUCUGUAGAUAAGGUUCUUAAUGAGUCUGUUGCUUCUGCUACGCCUAAAGUGAACCAAAAGGCUUGCCUAAUUUCAGAGGACUCAGGUAGAAAAGACCAAGAGAGUGAAAAGGCGGUCGUAUGUUCUUCCGUUGGUUCGGGUAAUAGUCCCGAUGGUCCAUCCGAAAGUCCUUUGCUUUCUGUAAAAAGAAAGCAUUCAGAUAUUCAAGACAUUGACUGUCAUAGUGAAGAUGUUGAAGAAGAAUCAGGAGAUGGAAGAAAGGAAGCAGCUCCAUCUCGAACGGGUUUGGGUUCAAAGAGAAGCCGCUCGGCCGAAGUACAUAAUCUGUCUGAAAGGAGACGGCGUGAUAGGAUUAACGAGAAGAUGCGUUCUCUUCAAGAACUCAUUCCAAACUGCAACAAGGUGGACAAAGCUUCGAUGCUUGAUGAAGCAAUCGAGUAUCUCAAGUCACUCCAACUUCAAGUACAGAUUAUGUCAAUGGCUUCUGGUUACUACAUGCCACCGGUUAUGUUCCCACCUGGUAUGGGGCAUUACCCGGCUGCAGCAGCUGCCAUGGCAAUGGGUAUGGGAAUGCCUUACGCAAUGGGCUUGCCUGACUUGAGCCGAGGCGGUCCCAACCACGGACCACAGUUCCAUGUCUCGGGGAUGCAACAGCCAGUGUCGAUGGCGAUUCCACGUGCUUCUGGUGGUGGUUUCUUCCCGGGUUCUUCGACGAUGGAUGUGAACAAGAGUGAUGAUGGUUCGACUAGAGAUUUAUCGAGUUCUAAAGAUCAAACGACGACGAAGAACAGUAAUAGUUUGAAACCAAUUAAGAGAAAACAUGCUUCUUCUGAUCAGUUUUGUGGAUCGUCGUGA